CACCACGCCGGCACAAGUUAACCGCGUAUUACGCGACUGCAGUAAAAUAUCCACACGAAGCUCGUGCGGUGUGCAGCAGUGCCAGCUUUGCUACCCUGAAAGAGGCGGCCCCCGAUGCGGACAUUCGAAAGCUCGGUCCCAGUGACGUUUCGCUACAAUGUAAAAUGUCCUGCCGACGGUCAGCUCCUGCUUCUUCUUCUUCUUCUUCUUCUACUUUAUCCUGUUCUUCGCCCCCGACGAGCUUUCGACACCAACGUGCACGUCCUCUUGUCUGACAACUUGUAGAAAGUGAAGUGAAGAAGGAAGGACGAAAUGCCGGCGGAGGGGGCCGUCGUCCAAGUGCCGGCCGAGGGUGCCGUAGCACACCCCGAUGACUCGGACGAACCUCCGGAGGAUCUGAGAGCCCGGGCGGCGGGGGCAGCCGGUGGGACGGGGGGGCGUGCCGGCAUCAUGAAGCCGUUGGUGGUCCUCGCUCUGCCAGGGAUGUACCUCUUCUACAAGUACAGCCAGUACAGGCGGGAGCAGCGCGAGCUUUCGAGACGACGGGUGACGGAGCGGGAGCUGCAGCACCUCCACCAUAAAAUCGACAAGCUCUUGACGAAACUGGAAGAAAACGAGCCCGAGUUGGCCUCCUCCCAAGAAGACGAGUGCGUCAUUUGUGUGAAUGCGAGAGCAUCGAUGCAGACGGCGCCGUGUGGCCACCGGGUUGUCUGCAGACGGUGUUUCGUCAAGACAAUACAGAUGGCCGUAUCGCAACGACUGUUACCCCUGAGGUGUGUGAUAUGCAGAGCAAAGAUUCUCCGGUUGAAACAAACCCUCAUCCCUCGAGACUAUUCGAUGUCUGGAAAAUCCUGGGUCCUGCCGCAAAGCGCCUCGGCUUACAGUAUGGGGGCUUCCGUGGCAGGAAGCGGUGCUCCAGGACCCGGUGGCCGAUGGGGUCCUAGCAGCGUGCCUCCGUCGGCGUCGCUCUACUCGAUGAGCAGUGGUUCUUCCUCUUUGUCAGGGGUGUCUUCCGUAUCUUCAGCCACUUCCGCUUCUACCAGUAGUUCUGGGAUUUCAACCGGCAAACCGAACAGGCUUAGACAGCCAACGGGAGCAACGCUUCGCCGCUCGCAGACCCAAUCGAUGAAACUUCGAAUCCAGGAAUAUCAAGACCCUAUACAGCAGGUCCCCGAGGAGGAGGAAAUAAUAAGGGAAAAUCGAGAACGCCGGUUGCCCCCGAUAAAGGAAUUUCAGAGAGACUAUCGUGCUGGAAAAGCGUCCACCAGAAUACGGUGCGCCCAGAAGAUAGUGACGCAGCUGGAAGCUUCGCCGUCGCCACGAAACGCGACAAAUGUUGGAACACCGGUGAUAACGCCACGCGAAGUGACGCCAUCGGGGUCGACAAGAUCGUCAACAAAAUCGGUAAAGAAGUCACCGACCAUGCCAAAAACGCCGAUGACCGUUGCCCAGGAGGUUCAAAAAACCAAGAAGGAAAAGGAACGGGAAAAGGAGCGAGAAAAGGCGGAAAAGGCCCGGCAGAAGGAGGAGGAGAAGGCGGAAAAGGCGCGGCAAAAAGAGGCGAAGAAAAUUGCGAAGGAGGAGAAAAAGAGGGCGAAGAAAGAGGCCAAGGCUAGGCGGAAGGAGACCGAGGAGGCUCUGCUCAGAGAAGAAAUUAAGUAGCCGUCGCCCCUGCAGGUACAAAUUAAACGUAUAGUUCGCGAAUCAUGGCCUACGGGCUAUGGUAAAAACGAUAGUAUAACAGUACCUACGAAUGUGCACGUAACUAUAAUUAAAACCACGCGGGUGAAUGAAAAAUCAAGAAUUUCUCCCAUCUCGCGUGCAUUGCAAUUCAUCUAUGUACAAAAUGAGAAACGCAGUCGGUAUUUGGGGAUGUUUUUUGCGAGAUAGACCGAGAAUCUCCGUAACAAAGGUAGAGUAAUGUAACGAGUGCAGAAAAUCCGUGACGCAUUUCGAAGAAUCACUGCCAAUAUUCGUUGCGUCUUGACUGUGUCGCCUUGUCCGUGUGUUGGACCGAUUUCGAUAACGAUGCAUAACGCGAAUGGGGGGGAUCGAUGAAAGAUUGUAAUCAACGACCGGGUUUGCUGUACGUAAUAUAUAAGUGAAUCAAAAUAAGAAUAAAUAUACAUACAUGAAUAUUACACAGGCAUGUCUAUGUAUGUAUAUGAAUAAUUGAUAGAAGCGGCCAAAAACAGUUGAACCCGUCGUGUGUCGAGUUGCAGUGAAUUUGAGUUACGUCGUUAGUUAGACAGAUUAUAGUAGAGUAUUAGAAUCAACUAAUCGUAUCCGUGUGAUAGAUAAUUGUCGACACGUUAAUGAUUACUUGCGACUUACGAGUUGUGCAAGCGGAUGCGAUAAAAUCGAAUCGCGGUACGGAUCUGUUAUAAUCGCGUUGUUUACUUCGCAUGUACGAAUAUUGGAAUUCACCAAACGGUAUUUGAAAUAACGUCAGCAAUUCGGGAGUUCGGAAAUUGAUCGGUAAAUUCACACGAUUACAAAAAUAGUAAAUUACUACUCUACGAAGGGUGAAAAAAAAAAAAAUUAUGUAAAUUUCAAAACAUGGAACAUAUCGUGCUUUUGUUGUGGAUCGAUCGUGCGGUGUAAGAGUCUCGUUGUAAAUAAAAUUUUUAAUCAAAUUUCCACGAGUAUCCCUCGAACUUCACUCGUAAUAAUGUACAACAGAUGUGUAAACUUGUCAAUUUUCCCAUCUUCCGCACCUGCUGCGGUACGAGUACAGAAAAAAAAUUUCCAUCUUGCAGUAAUUUCAUCGCCAGACAGUGUUGUUGAAUUUAAUAAUUAUUCAAACGAUCAUAUUAUCAAUUAUUUUUCUUCUUUUCGCAAAACGAGACGUGUACGAAACGUUUGUAACCCUGAUUAAAUGAAAUUCACUGAUUGAGGGAAGAAAAAAACCUUCUGCGUUUGUAAAUUAAUAAAUAUUGAAGUUAAAUUCAUUUGAUAAUUAUCCGAUAAACAGUUUCAUGAUACGCAGUGAAUAGAAAAAUCUAUAAUCCACGGUAAUACGUAUACGCACCCUUUUACAGGGCCGAAUCAAUUUACGUAUAUAAUUCCGUGUAAUACUUGACAGUAUUUGAAGUAUAUAGCAUGUUCGUGUAGAAACAGCAAGCAGAAAAGUAACUUGCCGAGUUGAUUCGUUCUUAAAUAUAUAAUCAUACAUAUUCACAUGUAGGUAAUAUAUUACAUGAUUAUAUAAUACGUAUACGUUAAUAUUGGCAAAUUUGUGGGAUAUUAUAGUUGUAAAAAAAUCGCAACGGAAUAAAUAAGGCUAUAACAGCACAAUGAUCGUUACACACCAGAUGUAAAUACACUAAAUGCCCGAGAUUGAGUUUCGUUUAAAUAAUUUACAAUCUAUCAGUUACAUCCUAAAAGAUCAAUUAUUACUAAUAAAUCAUCGAAAAAAUAUCUAACGAAAUAAAAAUUGAAAAACGUCUAGUUCGCUUCAGCGUGACAAACGUCGGUAUGUAUUGUAAUAUACCUAUAACACUGCGAACACGAGCAUAUAAAUAGAUUGAAAGUUAUGCAUUGAAAUUUGAAAUGAAAAAAAAAAAAAAAUUAUUAAAAACUCCGAAAUUCGCACGGACAAGUUUACAAUUCAUUAUUGUAAAGAGAAAAAACUGAUGAAAUCAAAAUAAUAAUAAUAAUAUAUAUACAUAUAUAUGUGUAAACAGAGUCAUUACAUUAAACGUUGAUAUACAUAUAUACCCUACAUGCAAAAAUGAAUUAUAAUUAUAAUUUUUGAAAAUUUCUGUAAAAUAAUAAAUCUGAACGAAUACAAUUAACUUGAAUUAUGUAUCGUAUGAAAAUAAUGUAGUUACGACUAAUUGGUGUACAUAUACCAGGGUGGCCACACAUCUGGAAAACUUGGAAAAUCUGUAUCGGGAAAGUUUUAAGAUGUCACGGAAAACCGGGAAUUUUCAGGAAAUUUUUAUUUUGCUUGUGGAAAAAACUGAAAAUAUCAGUUUCCUAUCACGGGAAUAGGACAAUUUUUUUUCAAUUCGAAUUGAAUUUGUACCGAAUAUACAGUUAAUAAGCUGAACGAUUUUAAGUUUUUAUAGUAACUUACUAGAACUGGGGAAAAUGUCAGGGAAAGCUGGGUCUUGGAUCCUGGAAAGCUUGAAAAUUUGUGGCCAACCUGAUACACAUAUAUGUUAAUCAUCCUUGAUUCAUCAAGUCCACAUACCUAAUAUAUACGUUAUGUCACGAUAAUCAGCAAAAAUCAAAAGAAAAAACAAUUUGUUAUUUUAGGUUCUUCUCACAUAUGCAUAUAUAUAUAUAUAUAUAUAUAAGUCUGCUAUAUGUAAUAUACAAACCGAUCUCGAGUUAUAAUUAAUCACGAUAUCAAAAAUGAAUGCGCAAAUUUACAUGGACGUAGGCAAUUUUUCUAUAUCAAAUAAAACAAAAACAAAAAAAAAACUACCGUAUCCUUUUAUUACUGCUAUAGAUGCAUUUACUUUCUAGUUCGUUACAUCAUGUAUGGAAGUAUAGCGAAAAUGCUGUUUGUUAAUAAUCGAACCGCUAAAAAAUAACAUUUUUUUGAUACCGGGAAUAAUGACAGUGUUCAACAGAAUUCGCACAUUCACGAAACAUCCGUCUGUUACUAAUUGUUCAUCGCAUACGUAUGCACAUUGUUAAAUAUCUCGAGCCAUACACUAAUCAAUGUGGUAAUUAUUAUUAGCCUUGGACCCAGUAAAAUUUGAAAUAAAAACAACCCUUCGAUACAUAAAAAUGCAACAAGCCUACAAGCUGCUUCAACUUUAUCUUCUUCUUUUUCGUUUUCUUAGAAAUCAAUACGUGUGAACUUUGUUUUCGUACUUACCACACAUAGCAAGGCGUUCGUUCGCUAACGCUGAUUAUAUUGGGCACGUUGCGCCGAAAAUUAAUAGAAUUAAAAAAAUAUGUAAAAUAAAUGAAAAAAAAAAAAAAAAAACAUUUCGAUAAGGCGCCCGACGUAAAG